AUGGCGUCGAGUUCUACAAAGCCUACAAGAUGGUGUAAGAGCUCACUGAGUCUCACCUCUCUCACGGCUGGUCUCACCGUCGACCUGUCUCUAUCUCUCCGGUAUAUCGCUUCUCUCACGAGCGUUUCAGACUCAAGGUCGUUGCGCUCUGUUUCUGUCACUGCUCUGUCACCGUCGCUGCUCUAUCGCGCUCUGUCACAAGCGAAUCGAUGGAAUUCGACCCGAUCCCAAUCAGUUCCUGCUCCAAAGAGAACCAGAUCAUCUACCAAUAGUUGUUUAAAUUACGCCGAUUCAGCAAAGCAUUGCCGUAUGGAGUUACUCAUGCAGCAAAGUGUAAGUACCGCUGGAUCAGCUUUAGAGCAUAUGAAGAGGACUCAUGAGGCUGUAAAUGAGAAAGAAUCCAAACAUAUUUCUGCAGCAGUGUCACUAAUCAGCUCCACAAAUUAAAGCUAGGAAGCUCAGCUCCUCCUCCAAGAAAGGCCGGUGGCCGGAGAUGAGUGUAACAGAAGGUAAAUUAUAAUAUAGACAUCUUCAAAGAGAACGUGAUAAGUGUUAUUAUAGGCAUGAACAUUGAGUUUUGAGGUAGAGAGGAGAAUGAAUAUGCCAUGCGGCAAUACUCUGUAAGUUUUGUUUUGAUUUUUUGUUUUUUAAUUUUAUUUUUAGAUAAAAGGAUAUUCGUUUUCCAUAGAUGGCAUAAUAAGGUGCAUACAGGAUUCUAAAGUUAUGAGGACAGUGAGAGACGUUUCCAUCAUAGCCAAAAAUUUCAUGAUUAUCUUUUCUUUAAA